AGUAUACAUUAUUAUCAACGUUAUUUCUCAUAAUCAUUCAGGAUUCUUGGCAGUACGGUGUUGUGUGUAGUGUGCAAUGGCCUCCUGUGUUCAAUAUAAAAUCGCAAUCAUCAGCAUUGUUCUGCUGAUUUGCAUAUCGAGCCUCAUCCGGGAAUCGAACGCCAUGCCUCCGUGGUUGUCUAAGAACAGCGGUGUUUUCACUGAGUCAGCGGAAUGUCACACCGAUGACGAGCUACUAGACCUCUGCCAGAGAUGUGCCAAAUUAACAAAAUCACGGCUCGCAUACCCGGCAUGUUGUUCCACGGACCUUCAGGCCAGAAAAUGGUGCUCAGACUAUGUAUACUUCGGCCGGGGACAAUAUGACUUCUAUCUAAUUUAGAAGUAUUUACGUUCGUUAAUGGAAAAUCUAAUUGGCCCCAUAGUAUUAAAGAAAUUAUGAUGCUCAUUCUGCUAAAAGUAAGCAGUGAAGUGAUUGACGUUUUUUUUUUGUUAGAAAUUUCUUGGAGAGGCUUUUUUGAAUGCGUACCUAUGGUUUUAUUGUUCGUAAAACAUGCGUUGAUUGUUUUGGGUUUUUGAAGCUCAUAUCGUAAAGAAUGUAUUGUUUCAAAAGUUCGUGAGAAUUAUAUUUUUCUAUAGUAGCUGAAAUGGCAACUCUAUAACAGUAAAAAUUUGAU